AUGAGGCUCACAAAUGCCCUCCUCCUGGGCACUUGGGCAGGUCUUGCCUGUGCAGGCGUUCUGAGGCGCGCAGACGAACCCCCAACAGCCAUCCUCGCUUCUCCCAUCGCGGCUGUCCUGGGGAAGGCUGAAGACGGCAUCGAGAAUUUCAAUGGCAUCCCAUAUGCCGAGCCCCCAACUGGACCUCUGAGACUGAAGCCUCCCCAGCGGCUCACGCGGUCGCUGGGUGUCUUUGACGGCACCAAGGAUGCGGGUUCAUGUCCCCAGUUCCUUGCCUCGACUGGAAGCAAGAACCUUCUAGAGAGGAUUCACGGAUCUCUGGCCAAUCUCCCCCUUGUCCAGAAUAUCACCGGGCAGUCAGAGGACUGUCUAACGCUAAAUGUGCAGCGGCCUGCUGGGGUAUCGAAAGACGCAAAAUUACCCGUGUUUUAUUGGAUUUUCGGCGGUGGAUUUGAGGCUGGUUCGUCGUCGUCGAUUGAUGGGGCUAGUAUCGUCAAGUAUGCAGAGAGCAUAGGGAAGCCCUUCAUCUUCGUCGCAGUCAACUACCGCGUGGGCGGAUUCGGGUUUCUUGCAGGCAAGGAAAUUCUUGCCGACGGGGCGUCGAAUCUGGGACUUCUUGAUCAGCGCAUGGGUCUAGAAUGGGUGGCAGACAAUAUUGCGUCCUUCGGGGGUGAUCCUAAUAGAGUGACGAUUGCGGGUGGAUCGGCUGGAGCCAUGUCAGUGCUUGACCAGAUGGCGUUAUUCGGUGGAGAAUGCAAGUACAAGGGCAAGUCGCUCUUCCACGGGGCGCUGAUGGUUUCUGGCAAUGUUCUUCCCGCUGAUCCGGUGGAUAGUCCUCGGGCUCAGGAGGUGUAUGAUGGUGUCGUGGAGGCAGGGGGCUGUGCCCACGAGACGGAUACACUGGAAUGUCUCAGAGGGCUAGACUAUCAGGCCUUCCUCAAUGCUGCCAGCGUACCGGAAGACUUUGUUGCAUACAGCGGGGUUGCGCUUUCCUAUCUGCCUCGUCCAGACGGCCAUGUCCUCCCCGACAGUCCGGACGUGCUCGUUCAGCAAGGGAAAUACGCACCGGUCCCUUUUAUUGUCGGCGACCAGGAAGACGAAGGGACGAUAUUCAGCCUUUUCCAGACAAACGUCACCACCAGGGAAGACCUGAUCAGCUAUUGCCAUGAUGUUCUCUGGACGAGUGCCACCAGGGACCAAGUCACCCAGCUCGUAGACACAUACAAUACCGGCGCCGCCGCUGUCAGAGAAGGCAGCCCGUUCCGCACAGGAGAUGCCAAUGAAUUCUCCCCUGGGUUUAAACGCCGUGCCGCCUUAAUCGGCGACGCCUACUUGACGCUGUCUCGAAGGGCCUUCCUAGAAGUCGCGAACGACGUCCACCCAGAGGCCCCGUCCUGGUCGUAUCUUGCCACCUAUAGCCACGACACACCCAUCCUGGGAACCUACCACGGGUCCGAUUCGCAGCAGGUAUUCGAAGGGACCCCCGAUAACGUUGCUGCGAGAAGCACGCGUACCUACUUUAUCAACUUUAUUCAUUCCUUGGACCCCAACGGGGCGCUGUCUGAUGAGAAUCCGGAAUGGUCGCGGUGGGCAAAGGCCAGGGAGCUGGUUAAUUUCGAGAGCGACAAGACGACGCUGCUGAAGGAUGAUUUCCGCAGUGAUAGCUACGGCGUGAUCAAGAAGAUUCGCGGCGCUUUGCGGUUAUGA